GAAUGUGAGAGGUGAAAUGGGUCGUAAUCAAAUUGGCCCGGUCAAGCUCCACUAUUUCGAUUUCCAAGGUCAAACCCUAGGGAGCAGUCAACACUCAACAUCAGCCAACCCCGAGUUGACAGUUUCUCCGGGAGCCACUCUCCGUCACGGCCACCAUUGUUAUCAAUCUAGCUUGUAAAAAUGCAGAGGUGCUUGGGCCUAUCUUUGCUCGCAAAACGAGGGUUUGGCACGUCUUCGAGCCGCGACAAAAUCGUGGCGUCUGUCCUCUUUGAGCGACUCCCAGUCGUCGUUCCAAAGAUCGAUCCCGUCGUCUAUGCCUUUCAAGAAUUCUCGUUCCGGUGGCGGCAACAAUACAGGCGGGAGUACCCAGACAAUUUCCUGAAGAAGGCAGAUUCCAGGGGUAAAGGCGAAUACCAGAUUGACUACACGCCUGCUCCUCGGAUCACCGAGGCUGACAAAACCGGUGACCGGAAAUCCCGGAAGUCGUUACAGAGAGCGCUCGACAGAAAGCUCUAUCUUCUCAUCUAUGGCACCACAGUUUCUGGCGGGAACCCUGUCUGGCAUUUCCCGGAAAAAGCAUAUGAAUCGGAAGAGACUCUGCGGAGGUGUGCGGAGUCUGCUUUAGAAUCUGUGAUCGGAGAUCUCUCCCACACUUACUUUGUGGGGAAUGCUCCGAUGGGUCAUAUGGUUACACAGCCCGGGGAGAAUAACAAGGAAGUUUCAUCUUUAAAGCGCUUCUUCUUUAAAUCCCAGGUGAUUGCAGCAAACAAGUUUGAUGUUAGUAAGUGUUUGGAUUUUGUUUGGGUGACAAAGGAUGAGCUGUUGGAGUAUUUUCCCCAGCAAGCUGAGUUCCUGAACAAGAUGAUCACAAAUUAAACUGAUGGUGAUUCAUUUCCUUGUCAAUUUGUGAAGCAGAAUAACAUUAUGAAAUUCGAAGUCUUGGAUUAUAUAUUUAUUUGUUCUUAUGUUAGGCACCAGAUUUUUUGAAUAUUCAGUAGUAUCAUGAAUUCUGCAGAGUUGUGGAGGAGAACAGUUGUGAUUGCAUUCAUAGUUUUUUUUUAUCAAAGUCAUGGGUUUUAUCAUUUUUUUUUCCCAUUUAGGCUGUUGUUUAGAUGCUGCAACUAGAUAAGUUAAUGGCCUUUUGUUUGAGC